GGAGACUGAGUGGGCCGGCCAGAGGCUUGCCAAAUCAGAUCAGAGCGCAGUUGGGAGGGGAUAGCGGGAAUGAAAAAAGGAGAGCGAGAUAGAAAGCGGUGAAAAAGCAGGAAGAAAGAGGAAGCCUUGGAGUUCUUGUUUGCUCUUCUUCUCUCUGCUCCUGUCCUCUGCUUUUUCGGCCCGAGCAGGCCAGGGAAUGUCCCGGCGGCGCCAUGCCUUACGUGGACCGGCAGAACCGCAUCUGUGGCUUCCUGGACAUCGAGGAGCACGAGAGCAGCGGCAAGUUCCUGCGCCGCUACUUCAUCCUGGACACGCAGCAGGGCAGCCUGGUGUGGUUCAUGGACAACCCGCAGAAUCUUCCAGUCGGCGCGGACUGCGUGGGCUCCCUGAAGCUCACUUACAUUUCUAAGGUCAGCGAUGCCACUAAGCUGCGGCCAAAGGCAGAGUUCUGUUUUGUCAUCAAUGCCGGGAUGAGGAAGGUCUUCCUGCAGGCCAACGAUCAGCAGGACCUGGUGGACUGGGUCAACGCGCUCAAUAAAGCCACUAAGAUCACGGUUCCAAAGGUCUCCGACGGCCAGCAGAAUUCUAAAAACCACAAGUCUUUGCAGGAUGCCGUGGGACCCAAGAAACAAGUGUCCUAUAAGACGGAGAUCAUAGGAGGGGUUCCCAUUGUGACGCAGACCCAGCAUGAAGGUGGCGACGGGGCAGAGCGAGCGGAGCGCGAGGCAAUGCAUCGCUCGCACAGCCAGCUGCCGUACUUUCUGGGCAGGCCAGCCCAGGACCACACGGUCAUCAAGUCGGGCUACUGUGUCAAGCAAGGCGCCGUGAUGAGGAACUGGAAACGGCGAUAUUUCCUCCUGGAGGAAAACUCCAUGAGCUACUUCAAGUCAGAUCUGGAGAAAGAUCCGCUGAGGAUGAUCCCGCUGAAGGAAGUUCACAAAGUGCAAGAGUGCAAACAAAGUGACAUUAUGAUGCGUGACAAUCUGUUUGAGGUGGUCACCACGUCUCGGACAUUUUAUAUACAGGCGGACAGUCCCGAGGAAAUGCAUAGUUGGAUCAAGGCUGUCUCGGGGGCAAUCGUGGCCCAGCGUGGACCCGGGAGGUCCGCUGCCACAGAGCACAGCGGCCGCUCCACAUUCUACCGCAGCCCCGCGGGCCCCCCCGUCCCUCGUUCGCCCGUAUCCUCCACGCCACCCCGCCAGCCAGAUUGGGGCGAUGCCGCCGCCGCCCUCGUCGCGUGCGGCCCACGCUCGCAGCCUGGCGUGGGACAGCGAGCACUUCAUGAGCCUGUUACCCCGGCCCACUCGCAGCCGCACGCCAGCCCGCCUCUCCCUGCAGGAGGCGCGCCUAGCAAAGUGAGCCCCUGCGCCGAGGAGUCGCCGUGGCGGCGGCGGAGUGCCCUGGAGCCGCACGUCCACGAGCCGCCCUUGAACCUGGACGACGCCGACCUGCCAGUGAGUGAGGUCUGAGCAGGACUUGUUAAACAGAAAACGGCUGACGCAAUGAGGAAGUGUUUUAGUGGAGACAAGGCGGCCGGUGCUGAACUUAAAAGCUCCUCCCUUCCUGGUGCUGUCGGUGCUAACACACACACGAAAAAAAAGCCGGGUCAUCCUCUGAACUUGUGUGCAAAGGUGACCCAGUCUUCACCCGCAGUCCACCCGCUCAUUUAUUUACCUUGGCGUAUUUAUUCGGCAAACUAAAUGACUAACGAACCCUUUUCACUGUGACAUCAGACCACUUUAGCUCAGUCUCUUCCUGCAGUUACCUUCACAUCUGCUGCUUGAAUUCACUAAUGGCGUCAUAAUGAAAGGUAAAAAAAAAAAAAAAAGUAACUAAAAGAAGCGCUAGACAGGGUGAGGACAAACAGACGAGUGUGAAAACACAUCAGCUGAGAUGCUAAUAUAGGCAGACCUGCUAGCCAAAGGAGAGAGCUGCUUUUUCAUCUCUGUAUAAGUCAGAUUUUAUCAUACUAAUUAUGAGAAAAAGCCUUGUCUUGGCUGAUUACAGCAGUAGCAGUGGUGGGCUACGUACGGUUCGCUACGUUCUUUAAUGCAGCCCUCUGAGCAUUUACAUCAUCAAGUCCUGUCAUAUUUGUUGGAUAUUUGUUGGAUUAAUUUAGCCCGAAAUUGGUUCAUUUUAAAUGUAUUUGACUGUAUUUGAAAUGACUUUAACAAUUGGUUAAUUGAUUAAUUUAAAAAAACAAAAAUUCCCACGUAUGUAUGUACUUUACUUGUACUUUAAUAACUGCUUAAUUCUAAUUAAAAUAAUUAUAAAUACAAUUUCAAAAUGAGAAUUAUCAUUUUAUUGUUAGAAUAAAAAAAGAACAAAUAUUUACAUCCACUGCGUGUGUGUGUGUGUGUGUGUGUGUGUGUGUGUGUGUAUACACACACACACACACACACGCAUGUGCCCAUGCGUACUAAAGUUUGACGACCACCCCUGGUCUUUAUCGACCAAAGGAAGCAGUACGCUCGACUUAAACUCGGUCAAAGCGCUCACACUGUGCGGAAAUCGCCAACACUGUACUUACAAUAAUAUGCCGUUUCAAACUAUUGUCAGCUGUUAUUAAAACAAAUCAAGACAACAAUCCGAGCUGUGACAAUUGGAAUGCUAAUGCUCAACACGCUGGAAUUCAUGUGAUUCAUGUAUUCAAACUCACUUUCUCUUUAUUAAUGUAUUAGCAUCUCCUCACAUUAGCGAAUACAGGUAGUGAAAGAGAAGGUGGCUGGGGGGGGUUACAAUGUCACUAUGAAAAAGGGUCUUACUGUCUUUGGAUUUCGAGGGCAUGUUCUGCUUCACGAGGAUGCACCUCUUUGACCACUAAGUGCCGAGAAUAAAAGGGAGCGUUGAGGGAUCACAAAAAAACAAGAGGACUGAACUUUUCAUCUCUCUAAUGGACCGAGUAUAAAUAAGCUGUGUGGUUCUUACACUCUCUUAACACUGGAUUUAACCCUGUUUUUGUUUGACCAGUGUCACUCUCCAGCCCGCUGUUUGGAUUUUUCACACAGAUCCUGGACUGUUUUCGGACUACCUGCAACUAUGCCUAAUAGCGUAAUUGCCUAAGUCAUUUUGGGGGGUUUUCCGAAGAAGAAAAAAAACAGAAACAACUAGUUCAACAAACGAGUGCAGUUGCCUCAGUUCAACCUUUGCUCAUUACCAUGACAUGGAAUGAUACAGACAUAAAGAAAAAAAGACCAUUUUUAGCAAGCACAUUGGUAUUUUUAUUGAUAGUGUUACAUUAAGUUAAAAAUGACUUGGGCAAAUAAGCUAUUAGGCUAACGAUAUUAAUAAGUUUGUGUUGACACUAAAUGUGUGUGUUUAUGUGUGUGUUGCAGCGGUUAAAAGUUUGACGUAUUUCUUCGAGCUCAAUUAGCCUCACCGCUAACAGUAGCACUCCAGUCGCCGAGGCACUGCAAGUUUUUUUUUUUGUUCUUUGUCGUUAUGCUGUUUUCAUUAAAAACAUGUUUUAAACAGACAAGUAAAUCUUGUACAUUUUAAUGACUCCCCACUAGGGAUGGGCAAAAUCGAUUCAUUGUGCGGUGUUGUCGAUUCAUUGUGUCUUCAAGCCAUUGAGACAAAAUGUAUUGCUCAGCUUUAAAAUUAAUUCUAAACUUAUUUGCUAUGCUGUCUAAAGGAAGCACAAUACAAGUCAAUUAAUUAGCCCAUUUCUAGAUUGUUCAUCCAGAGCCGCUCUUUUGUCCGCAUGAGUGCAUUCAAAUUAGUUGUGAUUUAUUUUUUAUUUCUUUUUGUACAUAUAUACAGUAUAGUACAUGUAGGCUUCUUUGCUUCAUUGCCCAAUGUGUUACCGUAGCAGACCCUCUCUCCACUGUGGUCUAAUAUACAGUACUCACCAUUCAAACUUGAUUCAUUUCACAUCUGAAGCUAUUUUAGCAUCCAUUCCAGUCUGAUGUAAUUGCUUUGGAUUGUCUCUAUUUAUUAUGUGGAUUAA